AUGAUCAAUCGACGAAAACCGUUCACAACUGCAGUGAUAAGUGCGCUGUUCCUGCUAAUAGCCAGUAACGUUGAACUCUGCUCCGGCCAUGGACGUUUGAUAGAGCCACCAAGCCGUGCGUCUGCCUGGCGUUACGGCUUUUCGACGCCACCAAACUACAAUGAUCACGAACUGUACUGCGGUGGCUUCAACAGGCAGUGGCAAAAGAACGAAGGCAAAUGUGGCGAGUGUGGUGACCCGUUCGAUGCUCCACUGCCGAGACCUCACGAGUUUGGCGGCAAAUGGGGCCAGGGUGUGAUAGUGCGUAGAUACAAACCCGGCUCCACCAUCACGUUGCGAGUCGAGCUGACAGCAAGCCAUAUGGGUUACUUCGAGUUCCGCAUCUGCGACAAUGUGCAAGCGAAGCAAGACUGUCUCGAUAAGCAUCUGAUGAGGAUCGUCAGCGGAACGCCGAGCAUUCCGCAUCCAAACGAUCUGAAGACUAGAUUCUAUCCUCGCAACGGUAGCCGUAUCUACGACAUGAAGGCAGAACUUCCAACAGAUUUAAACUGCAGCAACUGCGUGGUGCAGUGGAAGUACGUCGCCGGCAACAACUGGGGCAUCUGUCCGGAUGGUAACGGUGCGGUUGGUUGUGGUCCGCAGGAAGAAUUCCGUGCCUGUGCGGAUGUCACCGUCAGCGAAAAGGAGGGCCAGGACAACCGUACCCCGCUCCGGCCGGGACAGAAACCGACACCGACCCGUACACCCGACUCCAGCACGGAACCGUCCGAGGGCGAGGAACCGAUCGAGGAACCGCCGAAGGGUGUCAAGUAUAUGGGCCCACUGGUGGCGAUUAUGUCGCUUUUUCUGGUCCUAUGUGGAUUUGCUGCACUUUAUAUUUAUCACUAUCAUGGGGGGCGGAUAAAGGCACUGAUGCGCUGGAACCGGGAAAAGACACAGAAGAGUGGCCACGGCACGGAACAGGCCAGCGGGAAUGUUGUCCCGCCAACGCACCAAACCGAUGUGGAAGCGAACGCACCGGUACCGCCACCGAGGAUGAAGCGAAUUUCCAGCCAGAUCCGCGACAUCGAUGCCCAGGAGUCGAGCGUGCUGUCCGGUAGCACCAAGCGACAGUCCCCACUAGAUAUGAACGUGAGCCGGAAACCGAGCGGGACGGACUGA